AGCCUGUGCCUUCCGGGGUUUGGGGCUGGGACUGCCGCCCUCUGAGCCCAGUGAAAGCAGCCAAGAGAGGAGGCGGGGCUCUGGCGAGUUCCCCUUCCACCUUCCCCCACCCUUCUCUUCCAACCUCUGUAAGGCCCCUAGCUUGAUUCCAGCCUUUGCUGCAGCUGCUCUCCAGCCGUUUGCAGGACUCAAACAACUACAGCCGCUGUUCCCAACCAAGAUGGUGAUCCGUGUGUAUAUUGCCUCUUCCUCUGGCUCCACGGCGAUUAAGAAGAAACAGCAAGAUGUGCUUGGUUUCCUAGAAGCUAACAAAAUAGGAUUUGAAGAAAAAGAUAUUGCAGCCAAUGAAGAGAAUCGGAAGUGGAUGAGAGAAAAUGUACCUGAAAACAGUCGACCAGCCACAGGGUACCCCCUGCCACCUCAGAUUUUCAAUGAAAGCCAGUACCGUGGGGACUAUGAUGCCUUCUUUGAAGCCAGAGAAAAUAAUGCAGUGUAUGCCUUUUUAGGCUUGACAGCCCCACCUGGUUCAAAGGAAGCAGAAGCUCAGGCAAAGCAGCAAGCAUGAACCUUAAACAUUCUGCCUUAAGCAUCCUGACAAAGGAGUCUCCACUGCUUUUUAUAAAAUAGCAAAAUUAUCUUGGCUUCAAAAGAAAUAGGCUUGAUGUUAAAAUAAUAGAUAGUUGUUGUUUUCACAUGCAAACAAUCAAAAUGAAUACAUAAUUAAAAUGUGAACAUUAUGAUGAGGAGAAUGGGAGAUGAACUUAAAAUUUUAAGUAGGUGUCAUGGAAUAGUAUUGUUGUCUGCUAAGGCAUUUUAUGUACUUCAGUGAUUUUAAAAAGCAAACACCUGUUCCCUUUUUUGAUAUUAUUAUUGCAGCUUAAGUAUAUCUGUAGCUCUACAUUGAGUAACUUUAAAAGAUGAGCGAGAAAGAAAGAAUCUGUCUCUUGUUCCCAAAUUGCCUCAAUUUUAGUGAACAAAAAUAUGUACCUUUUUGAUGUGAAAUUAUUGUGAUUAAAAACUAGUUGCAGAUAAUGUUUAUGAUAUGUCAGACAUUGUAAUUUCUGAUGGUAAUUAUAACAUUUCCAUUCUUUUGUAGUUAAAACUUCUAUGUACUGAACCACAGGUUUUCUAGGCUUCUAAAUGUAGCCUUGCAUUGCAUGUUUCAGUGAUCAGAACAGAUGACCUCCCACCAAAAUAAAGAUGUAUUCAGUUGACAAAUUUCUUGCUUAACUACACAGCUAUGAUGCAAUCAUGUUACUAAGUUGCUUGCCCCAGUGAAAUAUGCAUAUGUAUGUUAUGGAAGUGGGAUGGCAAAUAAGUUAAAAAUGGCAUCCUUUUGCAAAGAGCUCAGACUUUUAAUUAAAUAUUUUAAAAUAGGUUGGAACUCAUUUUUCUCCUUUUAAAACAACUUGUGAUCACGAAUGCCACUAUCUCUCAGAUAUUUGACCUUUUUGUUUCAGCUUAGACAUAUAUUGUAUGAGUACAUUAAUCUAAGCAGAGAAAAUCUUUUCUAUGCCUCUAUUCCAGUGAAUAGCAUAAGUAUCAGAUAAAAGGAUCAAUUUAAAAAAUGUUAAUUUUGAAAACUUCUAAGAAGACAAGAAACAUUAUGGCCUAAAUCACCCAGAAGACACAUAUAUUGUACUUUAGUUCCACAUUACUAUUGUACUUUAGUUCCACAUUGCUAAAAGAAAACACCUUUUACUUUAAAUUACUUUAUUAUAUCAUUUGAUGUAUGCAAGUCUGUGCUCUUUGCCAAAAUCAACAUACAAUGAAGACAUGGCUUUGUUUACUGAGAUUCAAACAUGAUGCAAUGCUUUAAAAUAAACUCAGUACUGUCAGAAACAUAA